AUGAAAGACGGAUGCAUCGAGUGGGCGUGCUCAAGUUACGAUGGAAACGAGUUUGAAACACACGAGGACGCCUUUUAUCCUGACUCGUCGAUUCCAAAGGCCAGCCAGCUUGAGAAGCUCGAUGACACCAUCAUCGAGAUGCUACGCGAAUAUGCGACGUCGCACAACUACCGCAUCCAGGCUGUGUGCAUCGGGGGGAACGCUGAGACGGUCAAGGUUGUGGAAGAACACCCAGAGCUGAAGGAGCCAAUCUGCACCAUGUGCACGCGGUUCUGGUUUGACCUUGAUGUGGUCCCUUGCAUCUACAAGCUGCGCGGUGUCUCGCUUACCGAGGAGUCAGCGUCAGCAGCGCGCAAGGUGUAUGAUUGGUUCACGCCGCAGUUUCCCGGGAACAUUCCGCGGAUUGCUGUUGAUCCCAACACCAAUGAGGUGCUGGUCGACAUGAAAGGACACUGCCACAUGGUGGACCUCAAGCACUUUGAGCAAACCACAGACAAGCCCGUGUGGGACAAGCUGCUGGGGCUUGCCGACGAGUGCAAGCAGCGCAAGCUCAAGAUUAUUUUCUUCAGCUCGACGCCCCAGGGCGGCGGUGUUGCGCUGAUGCGGCAUGCAAUGAUCCGACUAAUGCGGCUGCUGGACGUGGACUGCCGCUGGUAUGUGGCCAAACCAAACCCCGAUGUGUUUGUUAUCACGAAGCGCAAGUUCCACAAUGUGCUCCAGGGUGUGACAGAUGAUGAGCAGUACCGCCUCCAGCAGAGAGACAAGGACCUCUGGAUUGAGUGGUGCGAGCAGAACUUUAAUAGGUAUUGGGGCAAGGGCAAUGAUGUUAUCGAGUCGGCCGACAUCAUCAUCAUGGAUGAUCCGCAACUAUCGGCAAUAAUCCCGCUGAUUCGCGAGCUAAAUCCUGCCGCACGCAUUGUCUACCGCUCGCACAUCGAGAUACGGUCGGAUCUAGCGUCGAUUCCGGGGUUGAUGCAGCACGACACAUGGUCAUUUUUGUGGGAAAAGUUUAUCAGCAAGGUCGACCUGUUCAUCUCGCACCCAGUGGCCGGGUUCAUUCCACCACGCGUGCCAAACACACAUGUUGUGCUGAUGCCCGCGGCGACGGAUGAGCUCGAUGGACUCAACAAGAAGUUGAGUGUGGCGGAGAUCGAGUACUACCGGCGCGUGUUUAACAGGUGUGCUGGGGACCAGGGCAGUCCAGGAAUUUCCGGGGACCGGCCGUAUGUCAUCCAGCUAGCGCGGUUCGACCCAGCUAAGGGUAUUCCGGACGUUAUCGAGGCGUAUUGUGCGUUCCGCGAGCUGCUGCUGGCCAAGGGAAUCGCGGACGACCAGCAACCACAGCUUGUGCUGUGCGGCCACAGCAGCAUUGAUGACCCUGACGGCACAGUGGUGUAUGAGGAAAUUAUCCAGCUGCUCAACCAACCCGAGUACUCAAGCUACGCCAUGGACAUCUGUGUGGUGCGGCUUCCGGCGUCUGAUCAGCUGCUGUGUUCGCUGUUGCGCGGGUCGUUCUGCUCGCUGCAGCUAUCGCACCGCGAGGGCUUUGAGGUCAAGGUGACAGAGGCGCUGGCCAAGUACAAGCCCGUGGUUGCAUAUCGGUCGGGCGGUAUCCCGCUGCAGAUCGAGGAUGGCAAGACAGGAAUUCUGGUUGAGCGCGGUGAUACGAAGGGCAUUGCCAAUGCGCUGACGCGGUUGUACACAGAUGUGGAGUACUACCAGAGCUUUGUCAAUGAGUUGCGUACCAAGGAUCAGGAUAGCAAGCGGCAGCAGUAUUUUACGCCAUUCCAGUCUGUCAACUGGCUGUACCUGGCGACGCAGCUGGCGUUCAAGGGCAAUGAUAACGCAGUGGCGGUGGCCAAGAGCCAGCCGGCCGGAGACAUGAACACGAAUAUGGAUGGCACGUAUAUGGGCAACGGGGAGGUCAGACAGUGGGAUGCCAGAUACGUGCGCGAGUACUGGCAGCAACAGGAGCAGACAAAGGGUAACAACUAA